CCAAGGACUAAACAGCCAACCCUCGCCGGGCAAGCGUCUUCUGCCGGAUGCUGCUCGUCGCCACACGGCGCGGAAACACACUUUUAAUCGCUUUUACGGACUUCCGGUGUCGGGCGGGCAGGACUAUGCGGCCAGGUGUGCGGCAGGUGCGGUGUGCCCCGCAGGUCAAUUAGCGGCUAACUAGGACGCCUUCACCGGGGAGGGGGGUUUGUUUCUCUUCGCCUGGACGCCCGCGGAGCCGCGAAGGUCUCUCGGCCCGCAAGGGAGCGACGAGACAUGACGGCCGAGGUGGACGACUCGGACUUCACGAGAGUUCCCGAAGUGGAAGAGGACGCGAGUAAAGAGCUCGGAAAGGAGACUCCGGACCAAGGCGACGAUGACGACUGCGAAGACGAGAAGCUGGACCACAUCCUCUGCCCCCCCGCCCUCAGGAAGACCAGCAACCCCGAGCUGGCUCCCGGACUGAGUCCGGCUCUCAGGCUGAAGCGCCACCUCAGCGAGGAGGGGUCCAACAUAAGGAGGCGGAGCCUGGGAGGCGGUCUCACAGGAAAGUAUCUUCUGCUGCCCGCCCACUCCCAGCCCACCACGUGGCAGCCCUCCUCAUCCGAGACCUCCAACCUGGUCCGCAUGCGCUCCCUCAACCUGGGGAAGUCGGACCCCUCCCUGACCUCCAGCCCGAAGGAGCUGAGUCUUCCCAGAAGAGGCAGUCUCUGCAGAACCAGCAACAGAAAGAGUCUGAUCGGAAGCGGACAGUCGACGGGUCUCCCCCGACCGCACUCGCCGCUCUCGUCCCUGACAGGCUCCAGUCCACAGGAUAGUCCCAGGAACUUCUCUCCCAGCGCCUCCGCUCAUUUCUCCUUUGCACGAAGGAGCGAUGGUCGCCGCUGGUCCCUGGCCUCCCUUCCCUCCUCCGGAUAUGGCACCAACACACCCAGCUCCACCGUCUCUUCGUCCUGUUCAUCACAGGAGAAGCUGCACCAGCUGCCCUUCCAGCCCACGCCCGACGAACUGCACUUCCUGUCCAAACACUUCUGCACCGAGAGCAUCUCCACCGACGAGUGUCGCCGCGCCGCCGCCAUGCGGCCGCGCUCUCGCAGCCUCAGCCCCGGGAGAUCUCCUUCCUGUUACGACCACGAGAUCAUCAUGAUGAACCACGUCUACAAGGAGCGCUUCCCCAAGGCCACGGCCCAAAUGGAGGAGAAGAUCCAGGAGAUCAUCCGCAGCAGUUCUCCAGAGAUGAUCCUCCCGCUGGGUGACGGCGUGCUGGGCUUCGCCCACCAUCAGAUCAUCGAGCUGGCCAGAGACUGCCUGGAGAAGAGCCGGCAGGACCUCAUCACUUCUAGCUACUUCUGUGAACUGACUGACAAGCUGGAGAGGCUGGUGCAGGAGUCCACCGAGAGGUCUGAGAGCGAGGAGGUCAACUUCAUCCGAGACCUGGCCAAGAAGAUCCUCAUCGUCAUCGCCCGACCCGCUCGACUGCUGGAAUGUCUGGAGUUUGACCCCGAGGAGUUCUACCACCUCCUGGAGGCGGCUGAGGGCCACGCCAAGGUGGGCCAGGGCAUCAAGACCGACAUCCCUCGUUACAUCAUCAGCCAGCUGGGACUCACGCGGGACCCUUUAGAAGAGAUGGCCCAGCUGAGCAGUGGUGGUGACAGCGGUGUGGCGGAGACGGACGACUGCGCCCAGGGUCUGAGCGCGGCCUUGAGGUGCAGACGCAAACCCUGUGAACUGGACUUUGAGUUGACCAAGCUCAUCAGCAACGGCGCCUACGGAGCCGUCUACCUGGUUCGCCACAAGGAGACCAAGCAGCGCUUCGCCAUGAAGAAGAUCAACAAGCAGAACCUGAUCCUGAGGAACCAGAUCCAGCAGGCCUUCGUGGAGCGCGACAUCCUCACCUUCGCCGAGAACCCCUUCGUGGUGUCCAUGUUCUGCUCCUUCGAGACGCGCCGCCACCUGUGCAUGGUCAUGGAGUACGUGGAAGGCGGAGACUGUGCCACCCUGCUGAAGAACAUGGGCCCCCUGCCCGUGGACAUGGCCAGGAUGUACUUUGCCGAGACCGUGUUGGCUCUGGAGUACCUGCACAACUACGGCAUCGUGCACCGCGACCUCAAGCCUGACAAUCUACUGGUGACGUCCAUGGGUCACAUCAAGCUGACGGACUUCGGUCUGUCCAAGGUGGGUCUGAUGAACAUGACCACCAACAUCUACGAGGGUCACAUCGAGAAAGACGCCAGAGAGUUCUCCGACAAGCAGGUGUGCGGCACGCCGGAGUACAUCGCCCCCGAGGUGAUCCUGAGGCAAGGCUACGGCAAGCCGGUGGACUGGUGGGCCAUGGGCAUCAUCCUCUACGAGUUCCUAGUGGGCUGCGUGCCCUUCUUCGGGGACACGCCCGAGGAUCUGUUCGGACAGGUCAUCAGCGACCAGAUCAACUGGCCCGAGGGAGAGGAAGCUCCGCCUCCUGACGCCCAGGAGAUCAUCACGCUGCUGCUCCGACAGAACCCUCUGGAGAGGAUGGGCGCAGGUGGCGCCGGCGAGGUGAAGCAGCACUCCUUCUUCCACCACCUGGACUGGAACGGCCUCCUGCGGCAAAAAGCCGAGUUCAUCCCCCAGCUGGAGUCCGAGGACGACACCAGCUACUUCGACACUCGUUCGGAGCGUUACCACCACCUGGAGGCGGAGGAGGACGACACCAACGAGGAGGACUUCAACGUGGAGCUGAGACAGUUCUCCUCCUGUUCCCACCGCUUCUCCAAGGUCUACAGCAGUCUGGAUCUGUCCCGUGGACUGGUGGAGGAGAAAGGGGACGCCGAGGACAAGAAGCCGGAAAGUCCUCUCACGGUGGACUCGCUCAGCUGGACUCCGGACUUCACGGAAAUGCCGUCCUUGUCCCAGUCCACCGACGGCGAUUCCUCCAGCCAGAGUCCCGGUCCGGCUCCCUUGCCAAAGUUCGCCAUCUCGGCCGAGAGCGAAACGGACGAGACUUCGGGUCUGGGCGAGCCCAGCAAGACCUGCUCCUCCGUCGGGGAGCUGCCGCGAGACGAGCCGGACGCCACCACGCCGGGGAGCACCCACAGCGGGGCCACGCUCUCAGGAAGCUUCUCGGAGCACCUGGACCAGCUAACUCCCAGAGGCCAGAGUCCGGACAGGGGCGGGGACCAGAGGACGGCGACGGGCCCUCUGAGGACGGAGGAGAGGCCCCGAGCGCCCCUGAAGGUCCCCAAGUCGGUGUCCACAGGCGCCUUGUCUCUGAUGAUCCCCUCAGAUCUGUUCGCCUCGUCCCCGCUGGCCAGCCCGCUGUCUCCUUACUCGCUGUCCUCGGACCCCUCCUCGCGGGACUCCUCCCCCAGCCGAGACUCCGCCUCCAUCUUCGCCGGCGCCGCCCGGCAGCCGGUGGUCAUCCACAGCAGCGGCAAGAAGUUCGGCUUCACGCUGAGGGCCAUCCGGGUCUACGCCUGCGACGGCGACGUCUACAGCGUCCACCACAUGGUGUGGAACCUGGAGGACGGCGGGCCGGCCCAAAAGGCCGGACUCAAAGCAGGAGACCUCAUCACGCACGUCAACGGUGAACCUGUCCAUGGUCUGGUCCACACGGAGGUGGUGGAACUCCUUGUCAAGAGUGGCAGCAAGGUGUCCAUCUCCACCACGCCCUUUGAGAACACGUCAAUCAAGCGAGGCCCCGCCCGGAAGAACAGCUACCGCAGCAAAAUGGUGCGAUGUGGCAAGAAGGCCAAGAAGGAGAGGACACCAGAGAGGCGGCGUUCUCUCUUCAGACGUUUCGCCAUGCAGCCGUCACCUCUGCUGCACACCAGUCGCAGCUUCACCUCGCUCAACCACUCGCUCUCAUCCGGCGAGAGUCUGCCCGGCUCGCCCACCCACAGCCUGUCCCCGCGCUCGCCCACCGCCGCCUUCCGCGCCGCCCCCGACUUCGCCCACUCAGGGGGUAACUCCUCCCAGAGCAGCUCGCCCAGCUCCAGCACCCCCAACUCCCCCGCAGGCUCCGCCCAAAUCCGGCCCAGCACCCUCCACGGUCUGGGCCCCAAGCUGCCCGGUCAGAGACUCCGCCAGGGGCGCCGCAAGUCGGCCGGAAGCAUUCCUCUGUCCCCUUUGGCCCGCACGCCGUCGCCCACCCCCCAGCCCACGUCCCCGCAGCGCUCGCCCUCCCCGCUGCUCGCCGGACACUCGGUGUCCAUUUCCAAAAGCGCCCAGUCCUUCCCCACCAAGAUACACUCCCCGCCCACAAUCAUCCGCCAUAUCGUGCGGCCUAAAAGUGCCGAGCCGCCGCGCUCCCCCCUGCUCAAACGGGUACAGUCCGAGGAGAAGCUGUCCCCGUCCUACACCGGGGACAAGAAGCACCUUUGUACCAGGAAGCACAGCCUGGAGGUGACUCAGGAGGAGGCGCAGGACCAGGAGGAAGGCGACGACGUGGAGGGAAACGCCUGCGAGACGACAGUCCCGCGGGUGCGGCCGGUGGAGCAGGGCUGCCUGAAGAGGCCGGUGGGCCGCAGGGACGGACGUCAGGACUCUGUGGAGGAGUCCGAUAAGGAGAUGAAGAGGAGGCAAGACUUCCUGCAGGAAUUCGACUCCUCCGCUUGCGAGGAGCGGAUGCGAACUCAAAGCAAAGUUUGUCCCGAGUCGGCCAGCGUGGCCCUGAAAGACGUUCUCUAUAAGAAAAUCUGCGGUCGCGUGUCGGACGUCGGCGGCGACUCGUUCGCCUGUGGUGGCGACGGCGACUGGACGCAUCCUCGACAGAUGAAAGACAACACCAAGCCGGACCUCAAAUCUCCCAACACGGACUUUACCAGGAAGAGGCUGUCCUUCGAGGAGCGAGAGGACUUUGUGUGUCGUCUCUCUCCCAACAUCCACGACAACCUCCAUUUCGGUCCCUCCAGGUCCAAAAGCCUCCAGCUGGACGCGGCGACUCACGAGCACAUGAAAGCGGGACAGGGCGGCGUCCCCGACGGUCUGGCCGCCAAGAUGUUCUCUGGCCGAGGGGAGACCGCCGUGGAAAAGCUGCAGCUCAUCUCCUCGGGCGAGUGUCCUUUAAGAAAGACGUCCUCUGACUACAAACUGGAGGGACGCCACGUGUCCUCUCUCAAGCCUCUGGAGGGCACCCUGGACAUCGGCCUGCUCUCCGGACCCAGGAUCUCCAAGACAGACCCGUGUUUGUCCAAGAUGACUGAGUGCAAGAUGGUCUCGCCUCCCGUUUGGCUGCAGAACGCCGCCGAGCGCCUGAUGAAACCUCCCGAGAAACCCAAAAGCCCGCUGAGCUGCACGGCGGGUACCGAGACCUCCCCAAAGAUGUUCCCCAAAGAAGCAAGACCUGACGGUUCUAGCUCGACUGUGAAACAGGACGGCAGAACCUGCAUGAAGGUGACGUCAUCCCGACACUUCUCCUGUGGGAAGACACCGUCCAUCCGGGAAGUCAGCAAUGAAGACCAGGAGGAAGAAGACCAGGAGAUGCCGGCAAAAGUGGGACCUCAAGCUACUUCUGACCCAAAGCAAGAGCUGCAAACAUCAAAUAUGAGGUUUCCAGGUACAGAACCACAUGUUGCGGUCACGCCAUCAACAUCUGGUUUUGGAUUGCAGGUCCAAAGCUCAACCUCAUCAGCUCAGAACUUUCCUGCUGGCACUGAAAGUGACGACCCGAGGGACGGGUUGAGCGUGUGUGGUCCAGAUCCAAAAGGGCCUCCAAAGGAAGACUGUCUUCUGUCGGACCAUCCAGAGACAAAGAUGUUUCCAGAAGAAAAGGCCCAGGAGAUAUCAGAGUACCGCACGCCGACGAUCCAAGAUGGUGUUCCCGAAUCAACGCCAGAACCCUCAAUGGGAGUUUUGUUGAAGUGCGAACCCCAGCCUGUGGAGGGCCAUAAGGAUCACGAUCCUCCAGUCGCCAAGAACGUUCUCGGCCCCAAACCGUCAGCGCAAGAACAGCUCCCCGCCUCUCGAGCUACUCCCGACUCUAAUUCGAGCGACACCACGUUGCCCUUGGGGAGCGGUCUCCGCGAAAAACCUGUGCCGGCUCCUCCCCCUAGCCCCAGGCAACCAGAACCCAAAUCCUCAGUAGCAGCCUGCACCCUCGUGUUCAAGGAGAGCACAGAAUCCAAGUCCAAACAUCGGGCGGUGGUGCCUCACAAACUGGUCGGGGCACCGCCCAAACAUAAAGACCCCUCCCCCAAGAAACAACCCCUGCUCGUUAAGGAACAUCACGACCCGAAAACAAAGCGCACGACGUCGCCGCACAACCAGUCCGGACCCGAGACCGGCCUCUCGGAGACCACGGAUGCGUCCGCUAGGGGUCCGCCCCCCGACAAGGUGGCUAAGCAGGCGGAGAAGAAGAAACAGGAGGGCGCGUCCGCACUCAAGAACGCCAAACGGGACGCGUCCAAAGACUCCGGCAAAGGGAAGACCGUGCGCGGGACUUCAGGUCCCAAAAAGUAAACCUUUAAAGGAGCCUUCUUGUUAUAAUCCAGGACCGGACAAGCUGUUACGCGUGCUGGCGUUUGCUCCCGUGGUUCCCGGACGUGGGCGGGCGUCGCCCGAAAGGUGCCAUAAAACGCUUUUUUUCCACUUGCACUCGUUUUAAUGCAGUAGAGCCGCCAUGUUGCGUACGUAGCCAUGUUUUUAAACGCCACUUCCUGUGACAUCAUCGCGGCUUAGACGACGACUCCUCAUGCUUGACCACAUUCCUUUGUCGGGAUUCAUCGUCGUAGGCUGUUUGAUGUUUGUGUUGCCGCGGCAACAAGUCACACUCAUGGAAAAUGUAGCAUUUCACUCUAGAACUGUGAGGCCGACAAACGUCGGAAAUAACGUUGAUUACGUAUAGGUUGUUCGUGAACGACGGGAGGGCCCCGAUUGGUUCAAAACUUCGGUUUCCGAGGCUCUAAAAACGACUUGAAGUACGAAGGAGUAAGAGCGACACAAGAGUAACGUCGUAGAGUUACGAAAAUAAAGUUAAAAUAAAGUUUUAAAGUUACGUCUUCAGGAAAAAAGUUGUAACGACGGACGACUUCUCGUAAAACUCCGACUGUUCUCGGAAGAUUGCGAUUUUCUUUGUUCUCCAUUUUCCACGAGUCGUACUUGUUUCGUAAAACUAAGACUUCGUUCUUGAAAAACGCACGCGUAACGUAAAGUAACGUUAAUAAAAACUUGCCAAAAUUACGAUAUUUUUUUUCCGCAAAACUACGAUUUAUUCUUGUAGGAUUACAAUUUACUUUGUUUGGAGAAAAAAAAAAAAACUUUUUCCUCAAAGGAUUACGACUUCAGAUUGACUUUACGACGUAAUUCUCAAACAAAUUAUGAAGAUUAAAACUUUUUUCUCAUAAAACUUCUACUGGAUUCUCGUACCGUGGAUGUAGUUUUUCUCCAUAAAACAUAAAGUGAGGUUUAUUUUGUAGGAUUAGGACUUUUCUUUUCUCAUUUCUCAACUUUUUUGCUCUAAAAAAUGAACCCAAAUUUGAAUUUUUCUUUCUCAAUAAAACAACUUUUUUUCCCGAAGAUUUUGACGUUUUUUCCAUAAAGCUAUUUUUGUCAUAUUUACACCAAAAUUCUGGUCAAACUUUCUUUUUUAUUUAAAAAAAAACACCAAAAAACCUUUCAUUGUAAGAUUACAUAUUUCUUCAUAAAAAGAAAACGCAAUUUGAUUGUGAUUUUUUUUAUGAAACCAUUUUUGUCAGAUUUUUCCUAAAAUUUGUUUUUUUCAAGGAAAAAAAAACAACCCCAAAAAACGAUUUUUUUCCCUAAUAAAAUUGUCUUAUUUUUCCCAAAAAUAUUUUUGUAAUAUUAUGACUUUUUCGCUGUAAAACUACAAUUUAUUUUGUGGGAUUACAACGUUUUCUUAAUCUUUUUCAUAAGAU